AUGUGGCGCCGACUGGCUGCGGCAGUGGCUCGCCGCUCGCCGAAUGCGCCUCGCGUGGACGUUCUCAGGCUUCGGACGUGCCGCCCACUAGCGUUGUCAUGCUCCCAGCACCUGCUCGUAUCUGGCCGACCGUUUUCUUCCAGAGAUCGCGAUGCGUCGCGCGUGAAUGACGUGAAAGUGCGGGACAUCGAGCUGCGCGAGCUGGUGCGGCGGCCGUGGAUCGAGAUGCAGGAAUAUUACGGACCCGUGGAGAUGGCCAAGGUGGCGCCGGAGAUCGUCGAAGACUUUUACGAGGCCGCGAGAGUGUGCAGGCUCUCCAAACUGCAGCGCGACGUCUUCGACUACAUGGAAGCCCAUUAUCUCGAGCGCAUAAGCUUCGAGAUGUACGGCCAAAUGUUCAACAUACUCACGUUCGCCAAGGAUCCGCAGAGGAUGCGGGCUAUUUUCGAGCGUGCCAUGACCAGGUACGACCCUGAGCAAGGUCAGGUCCCGCCCGAGAUCGUCUACCGACUUGGAAUUACCGCCGCUAUUGCGCUUAAAGACUACGUGGGGGUGAAGAUGCUGGUGCGUGAUAUGGAAACAAAGGGUGCUAAGCCCUCGGUUGAAAUUGUAAGCCGCGUGAUGGUGGCCCAAGCUCAAAGUGGCGACGCGAAGACUGUGUUGGCGGCCGCGGAAAAGCUGAAUCCGCAAGAUGGACGGAAGUGGCACGAGGCCGACAUCAACCGCAUCAUUACUAGUUUGGGUAUCGCAGGAGAGCCUGAUGCAGCCUUCGACUUCUACCGAAAGUCGCAAAUGCGUUUGUCUCCACAGACAUGCAUGAAGCUGAUGCUGGUUUGCCGCGGAAAUUCACGGCCUAAGCAUGCAUUUGCAAUUUUGGCUAACCGCCGUCGCUUUGGCCUGAAAAUGAGUCCGUUCCAGUAUCCGACGUUGCUGGAAAUCAUUGAGGAACUGGGUAUCGCGGGGGCGCCUGGGAAUGAAAUGGCCCUCAUUCUCAAAGAGAUGCGUGAUAAUAGCGUGCAGUUCAAUGACCGCGUGCAUGCACUGAUUGCUCGUAACCAGCAGCAUCUACACGGCACAGCGUUCAUGUUGACACCGUCGAUCUCAGACGUUGGGGAUGGAAAAGAAGAUGGAGUGGAGUUAGAAGCGCAGGCACGAACAAAAGAGGCGGACAAGCCGCUACUGCGAGAGUUGCUCGACUCGCGCAAGUUUGCUCAAGCUGCUGCUAUCGUCAACUCGUACCUAUUGCCCGUCAGCGACGACGUGAUAAAGGGGGAUAGAAUUGAGGAGGCUAACUCGGUUGGAGAAGAACCAGCAAUUGUUCCGGACUGGCUGGCGGAUACGGCGAUUGAGGCGUAUUCGCAGAACCAGGAGGUAGCCAAAGUGCGCUCUUUGGUACGCGGGUUCAUGUGUGUUCGUGGGGAUUUCAAGCAUGCGCUCUCUCGCGUGGUUGGCCUAUUUGGUGGCAAUGGCAAGCAGCGCGAUAGUCGUAUGGUGUACGAGGCCUUUUUGGCGAUGCAAGUCCAGGGUUUUCCGAUUUUCCGUGUCCGAGAUGCGCUGACCCGAUUCAAGCAGCAUCAAGACUCGAAGGCCGCUUUCAAGCUUCUGAUGCAGGUAUCGGGGCAGAUUGCUGAAGCUCUGCGGGACUCGAACUGCAUCGAAAACGCUGCGAAGCACCAAGAAGAUUUCAUGCGAGUGCUCGAGAGAUCGGGUGAGCUCAACUUUGACCCAGUGCGUACAGUGCGCGAUGUGCUGCGAGUGCUCUUAGCAUCGAAAGAGCUGGGCAUAGUAUUCGCCGCGCUGGACCAACUUGCGUCAGAUGGCAUCCCCAUUAGAUCACUGGACUAUGAAACGAUCUUUAGCGCCAUGAGCAAGGCCAACAGAGCUGGCGGCAAAGUGUUUUCAGUUGAGGACUUCAUGAAGGUUUGGGAGGACAUGGCUCGACGUAGCGUAGCCCCUAGCAAGGCUCUGCUUCGUCUGGUGAUACCGGUGCUUUGCGGGAAUGAUAACAUGGAUGGCAUCAGCGACAAAAGGAAACGCAGACAGCUUGCUGUUAUAGAAGGCUACCAGCAGGCUGCGAAGGAUCGUCGUGAUAACUAUGUGCUGCCAGUCGCCUGCUUUUCGACGCUGCUGGAAUCUGCCGCUGAGACGGGAAGCGUCGAGGAUGUGAAUGCAAUCCAUGCUGGCGCGGUAAGAGGGCUGGGAGCAAGCAUGAAUAAAAGGCACCUGAGCCUCGCGGAGCACAGCAAGAUCCUGGAUACGUGGCAAGCGAUCAAAUCCGAGAAGGCUGCAGCUGAGAGCGACGCAGCUCAAGCACGCACCGAAGGCGUUGAGAUGGUGUAA